AUGGGAGAACUGCAGGUGGAAAGGCAUGUUGCGUACAUUUUAACAGUUGAAAAGAGGAAAGAUGAUUUUGAAUCUGUGGUGAUGGAGCAUCUGAGGUUAAAUGGGGCAUACUGGGGAUUGACAACUCUUGAUAUUUUGGGAAAGCUUGAUGCUGUGGAUAAAGAUGAAGUUAUUUCAUGGGUCAUGCAGUGCCAACAUGAAUCCGGUGGAUUUGGUGGUAACAUUGGACAUGAUCCGCAUAUGCUGUAUACACUUAGUGCUAUUCAAGUCUUGGCCCUAUUUGAUAAACUACAUGUUCUUGACAUUGAUAAGGUGUCAAGCUAUAUUGCAGGCCUGCAAAAUGAAGAUGGAUCCUUUUCUGGUGACAUGUGGGGUGAAGUUGACACACGGUUCUCUUACAUUGCAAUCUGUUCUCUAGCAUUGUUGCGCCAGUUGGAUAAAAUUGAUGUUGGAAAAGCAGUGAAAUAUAUUGUAAGUUGCAAGAAUGUGGAUGGUGGAUUUGGAUGCACACCUGGAGCAGAAUCUCAUGCUGGGCAAAUUUUCUGUUGUGUGGGAGCUCUUGCAAUAACUGGUUCUCUGCAUCAUGUUGAUAAGGACCUCCUUGGUUGGUGGUUAUGCGAAAGACAAGUUAAAUCUGGAGGUCUAAAUGGGCGUCCCGAGAAGCUUCCUGAUGUCUGCUACUCUUGGUGGGUUCUUUCCAGCUUAAUCAUGAUUGACAGAGUGCACUGGAUCAACAAGGAGAAGCUUGCAAAAUUUAUUUUGGACUGUCAGGAUAAAGAAAAGGGUGGAAUAUCAGAUAGGCCAGAUGAUGCGGUUGAUGUCUUCCACACUUACUUUGGAGUCGCUGGGCUUUCACUUCUUGAAUAUCCAGGGCUGAAACCUAUAGAUCCUGCUUAUGCCUUGCCUGUUAGUGUUGUAAAUAAAGUUAUCCUUGGAAAAUAAUGGAUCUUGCUUGAUACUGGUAUUAUUUGCUUUUGAUAUGAAAUUACCAAAUAUUUUUUCAUUUGGAGAAGGUGAUUGGUGUUACUAGAACUGAAGCAUUCCUAUGCCCUAUGCUGGGCAGGUUGGCCUCAUCUCUUGUUCUUGUUCUGGUUAAAGUUAGAGAAACAGUUUAAUAUACAUGAUGUUGUCUCCAUUUACAUACUUUCA